GAGGUUACGGGGAGGGAGGAAUAAUCCUUAUAUUAAUAAAUGGUGGCUGGAACCCGCAAAAUAGGAGAUAAAAGCCGCUGGAUGCCUGGCUGGGUUUCGAGAGAAGCGGGCGUCCACUAACGUUUUUGGGCGCCGCGGUAGGCGGCCUUCCAGCCAUUGCCACACGGCUUCCACCUUUCCCUUUCUAUUUAUCUCUAUUUUAUCUCUGUCGCCCCUCCCUGUUUGGCUUCGGCGCAAAAUAAAGUCCCAAGAGCCAUUCCAUCGGUAGGGAUUUUUAGCUCAGUGUUUGUUCCUCGAUCGCUCUCCUGCUCUGAUUUAUUGCAUACCAGAGCUCUUCAAGACCGGAAAUAUGGCAGAAGGUGAAGAAAUUCAACCUCUUGUUUGUGAUAAUGGCACUGGAAUGGUCAAGGCUGGAUUUGCGGGAGAUGACGCCCCAAGGGCUGUCUUCCCCAGCAUUGUUGGUCGCCCUCGUCAUACUGGGGUGAUGGUUGGUAUGGGUCAAAAAGAUGCGUAUGUUGGGGAUGAGGCACAGUCAAAACGUGGUAUUUUAACUUUGAAAUACCCAAUUGAGCAUGGUAUUGUGAGUAAUUGGGAUGACAUGGAGAAGAUAUGGCACCAUACUUUCUACAAUGAGCUUCGUGUGGCCCCAGAAGAACACCCUGUUCUUCUAACUGAGGCGCCACUUAAUCCCAAGGCUAACCGUGAAAAAAUGACUCAAAUCAUGUUUGAGACCUUCAAUGCUCCGGCUAUGUAUGUUGCAAUUCAGGCUGUUCUCUCUCUUUAUGCCAGUGGUCGCACAACCGGUAUUGUUCUGGAUUCUGGAGAUGGUGUUAGUCAUACCGUCCCAAUCUAUGAGGGUUAUGCUCUCCCUCAUGCCAUACUUCGGCUAGAUUUAGCCGGUCGUGACUUGACUGAUGCGCUUAUGAAGAUCCUUACAGAGCGUGGCUAUUCAUUCACUACUACAGCUGAGCGUGAGAUUGUGAGAGACAUGAAGGAGAAACUUGCAUAUAUUGCUCUUGAUUAUGAGCAAGAGUUAGAGGUUUCCAAGACUAGCUCAUCUGUGGAGAAGAGCUAUGAACUGCCCGAUGGGCAGGUGAUCACAAUUGGAGCUGAGAGGUUCCGUUGCCCAGAGGUCCUCUUCCAGCCAUCAAUGAUUGGUAUGGAAGCAGCAGGAAUCCACGAAACCACAUACAACUCAAUUAUGAAGUGUGAUGUUGACAUAAGAAAGGAUCUUUAUGGGAACAUAGUUUUGAGUGGUGGUUCUACAAUGUUUCCUGGUAUUGCCGAGAGGAUGAACAAGGAGAUUAUAGCGUUGGCACCAAGUAGCAUGAAGAUUAAGGUGGUGGCUCCACCAGAGAGGAAGUACAGUGUCUGGAUUGGAGGUUCCAUUUUAGCAUCUCUUAGCACUUUCCAACAGAUGUGGAUUGCAAAGGCAGAGUAUGACGAAUCAGGGCCGUCUAUUGUGCACCGUAAAUGCUUCUAAACGAUCAAAAGGUGGAAAUGAAAAUGGGUGCUAGCUGUACUACUCUUCUACUUUUACCUGUUGUUCAUUGCUUGGACCGUUAAAUUGAUUGAGGGUGCUGUUCUUUGCCGAAAAUUUCAAUCUUUCAGCUCAGUGUGUUUCCAUUAUUAUUCUCCUUUUUUUGAAGAUAGACCAUAGUGCUGCUUCUUGACGUACACUGUUUGGAUCUAAUUGUGUCUUUCAAAAUUUAUUUUCUUGAAUGAUGCUGAACCUUUUGAUCAUAAGAUGCUUGUCUUAAUUCUACAAAAGCUUUAAAACCUUCUUUAAUAUUUUAUCUAUGUUGUUGAAAGUUAUUAUUUCUGUCCUAAA